UGACCAAUGCGCCGGGUAUCAGUCCUUUGCGCAUUUUAGAUCAUUCCAUUGGUCCUAAGAAGACAUCUCCACCCACUGAUGGCACCGGGAGAGCUAUCUCCAGGGCAGCAAACAAACUCGCUCAGAGUCACCUACCAAACAACAAUAACAAACAUUAGAACGCUGAUCGACAGAGAAGGGGAGGAGACAUCUCUGGACUUGAACUCUGGACUAGAAUAGCUUUUGUUCCAGCCCUCAACAUUCAAAUGGUGAGCCUUCUCCCCCAGGCCUGGCUGGAGCCUGCGAGACACUGCACGUCCUCACCCAACUACAGCCCAGUCGGCUUGUCUUCCUGUCCCUGGUCCACACAAAUCUAACUACAUAGGCCAGCCAUAUUUCUGGGGCCAUGGAGUCCUCUGAUGAAGAGGAGGGGCGCACCUUCGUCCAGGUGGUCAGUGAAAAGUACAACCCAGAGAAUUUCCCAUACUGCCGUGGGAACGGCAUGGGUGUUGUGGUACUGUCCAGUCCACAGGGGUCUCCUAUCAAAGAUCGUCUGAACCUGCCUAGUGUUCUGGUGCUGGACGGCUGUGGAAUUAGUAAAGCUGGAGACGAGGCUGAGGUGGCCACCUUCUGUGCCCAUGUGGUGGAGCUGGACCUGUCCCACAACCAGCUGCAAGACUGGGGGGAGAUCUGCACCAUUGUGUCUAACAUUCCCAACCUGGACUUCCUCAACCUGAGUAUGAACCCUCUGAGUGGGAUUGAGCUGGAGCCAUGCCUGGCUGAGGUGUUCUCCCGAGUCCGGCGCCUAGUCCUCAUCAACACACGUGUCACCUGGGACACGGUACACACACUCACACGCCAGACCCCCGAGUUGGAGGAGCUCUUCCUUUGUCUGAAUGAGUACGACCAGGUUGCUGAGUCCCCGGUGCCGUGCCCGUCUCUGCGCCUGCUCCAAAUCACAGACAACCAGCUGCAGGAGUGGGGAGAGGUGCGGAAAUUUGGGCCAAUGUACCCGGGCCUGGACACCCUGGUAUUAUCCAACAACAGACUGAGCUCUGUGGAGGAGGACAUGCCCCAGGAUGCAUUGCAGCGCCUGUUUCCUAACCUGCGCAGCAUCAACCUGAACAACUCCGGGCUGAACCGAUGGGAGGACAUUGAGAGGCUGAAUUUCUUCCCUAAACUGGAGGAGGUGAGGCUGAUGGGGAUUCCCUUGCUGCAGCCCUACACUGACAGAGAGAGACGCAGCCUUACUGUGGCACAGUUGCCUUCUGUGUCCGUGUUGAAUGGGAGUGUGGUGACGGACGGGGAGAGAGAAGACGCUGAGAGGUUCUUCAUCAGACACUACCUGGACUGUCCUGAAGAGACACUUCCUCUGAGACUUAAUUAUUUUUCAGUGAUUAAGAUUGGGGUUUAUUUGUUUAUUUUGGCCCAGCACCACUCUCAUUCUCGAGAGAUAUUGUACCCCUAUGGGCCCACCUACAGAGACCUGGAGACGCCCAAGAUGGAUGAUGGAAGUUCCACUGAAAUCAUUUUACUCAUGCCAUUCAUUUUCUUUAAUAACCCCUACCGCUCCAUCUAUGUCAACAACAACGGUGUGAUAUCCUUCAACGUGCAGGUCAGCCAGUUCACUCCCGAGGCCUUCCCCCUGAGCGACAGCAGAUCCUUCAUCGCCCCACUUUGGGCAGAUGUGCACAAUGGUAUCCGUGGAGACGUGUACUACCGUGAGAGCACCGACCCAGAAGUACUGGAGAGGGCCUCACAAGACAUCCGCAAAUACUUCAAGAACCUACCCACCUUUACAGCCACUUCGGUCUUCAUCGCAACCUGGCACCAGGUCACCUUCUAUGGAGGCAGUCAGACCACUCCGGUGAAUACGUUUCAGGUUGUGUUGAUAUCAGAUGGUCUGUCAUGCUUUUCCAUGUUCAACUAUGGAGAGAUCAACUGGAGCACUGGCACAGCCAGUGGAGGAGACCCUCUCACUGGGUUGGGUGGAACCACAGCACAGUCAGGUUUCAAUGGAGGAGACAUUGGACACUUCCUCAACCUGCCUGGGUCCCGGUCCAAUGAUGUGGUUGAAAUCGAGCAGACGACUAAUGUCAACUUGCCUGGCCGCUGGGUCUUCCGCAUAGACACUGCCCUGAUAGACCCUGCCAAUGGCUGUAGUUACAAUGGGCGUUUCUAUCGGCGCGGCGAGAUCUUCUGGCUGUCCGACCAGUGCUCCCAGCGAUGCCGGUGCAUGGACAUAGACAAUGAAGUGCUCUGCCAGGAGGCGCCGUGCGGCCAGCUGGAAACGUGUGAGCAGCAAGAGGGUGCCUUUUACUGCCAACCCACGCGCACCAGCACCUGUGUGGUCUUUGGCGACCCGCACUACCACACCUUCGAUGGCUUUCUCUACCACUUCCAGGGCACCUGCUCCUAUCUGCUGGCCCGACCCUGCUGGGAGGUGACCGGCCUGCCCUUCUUCAGCGUGGAGGCCAAGAACGAGAACCGCGGCGUCUCCUCAGUGUCCUGGUUGAGGGACGUGACGGUGGAGGUGUACGGUCACCGUGUCACCUUGCCUAAAGGCAGCCAGGGCACCGUACAGGUCGACGGGCUUUUUAAGACCCUUCCAGUCCAACUCCUGCUGGGUGCCGUCAAAGUGUACCAGUCAGGCAUGGCCGUUGCCCUAGAGACAGACUUCGGCCUCCUAGUGACCUACGACGGGCUGCACUACGCCUCCAUCUCCUUGCCCAGCUCCUUCUUCAACAACACCUGCGGCCUGUGUGGUAACUAUAACGACGACCCCGCCGACGACCCUGUUCUGCCCGACGGCUCACUGGCUGAGAGCGUGGUGGAGCUGGGUGGCGGCUGGCGGGCGGAGGACGCCGACUGGCGCUGCACAGACGGUUGCGCCCAGAACUGCAGCAUAUGCGACCCCCUGACAGAGGCGUUCUACUUCCGACCGGACUACUGUGGGCUGAUCAACAAGACGGACGGGCCGUUCAGGGACUGCAGGGCAGUGGUUGACCCCACAGCCUUCGUCUACAGCUGUGUCUACGACAUGUGCAGCAACAGGGACAACAUUACCACCCUCUGUCAAGCCAUCCAGGCGUACGCCUUGGCCUGCCAAGCCCUGGGGGUCACCAUUCGACCAUGGAGGUCACGCAACUUCUGUGCCCUCACAUGCCCUGAGUCCAGCCACUAUCAGGUUUGCACCAGUGCCUGCCCGCCCUCCUGUUCAGACCUAACAUCCCACCUGUACUGUGCCCACCCCUGCACCGAGGGCUGCCAGUGUGACCCGGGCUACGUGCUGAGUGGCAGUCGCUGCGUCCGGCGCCAUGACUGUGGCUGCGAGCGAGAUGGCCUCUACUACCCCCUUAACAACACCUUCUGGGCGGGGUCCACCGGGGAAGGCCGAGAUUGCACCUUCCGCUGCGUCUGCGGCCCCAACGGUGAAGUCUCCUGCUUCAACGACUCGUGUAGAGAGGGAGAGGUGUGUGUGGCGGAAGUCGGGCAACUGGGCUGUUACCCCCGAAGGGAGGGGAUGUGUUCUCUGGGCCAGAAUGCUGUAACAGCCUCCUUCGAUGGGACCUCAGUGCCCUUCCCAGACGACAGCUCCUACUACCUACUGAGAUCCUGCGGGCCGGCGCCAACCAACGUGUCAGCGGUGGAGGUGAAGAUGGGCCGGCGGCUGGUGAACAAGGGUCCGACCUGGAUGCGGCCCGUGGUGGUCAGGGUGGCCAACCUGGAGGCCCAGAUGGGAGGAUCGGAUUUUGACACGGUGAAGGUGAAUGGUGAACCAGUGCCACUGCCUUAUAUCCACCCUCUGGAGACCUUGAUGAUCUACCGCGCCCCUGGCAACGCCACCGUGGUGGAAUCCAGUGGAUUGUUGCUGGUCAGCUACAGCCGCCAGGGCCUCCUUAACAUUUCCCUCUCAACCGCAUUUUACAACGCCACCUGCGGCCUGUGUGGUCUCUUCAACGGAAAUGCAAGUGAUGACCUCCGUCUGCCAAAUGGCCGUUUGGCCGAAACCCCCGAGCUCUUCACCGAAGGCUGGCGGGCGAUUGCAGACGACCUGACGUGCAACGGCGAUUGUGAUGACCUCUACCGCAUGUGCACGGAUCUGCGGCUCUACCAGAGCCCAUGGAUGUGUGGCAACAUUAACGACCCCACUAACAGCUCUUUUCUGGCAUGCCACAGUGCCGUUAACCCCUCACCGUUCUUCAGGAACUGCCUGUACAACAUGUGUGUGCGAGAGGGAAACCGCUCGGUUCUCUGCUCUUCACUGCAGGCGUAUGCCUCGGCCUGUCAGGAUGCCCAGGUGGACCUCACCUCUUGGAGGAGUGCAACAAAUUGCCCCUUGCCCUGUCCAGAGAACAGUCACUUUGACGAGUGCACCAAUGCGUGCCCGCUCACCUGCACCAGCCUAGAUGAGCCAGACGAGCCGUGCCCGCUGCCCUGCCAGGAAGGCUGCCAGUGUGAAGAGGGCUUUGCGCUGCGAGACGGCCAGUGUGUGGCGCGCAGCGACUGCGGCUGCCUUGGACCCGGAAGCCGGCAGCUUGCCACCAACCAGACCUUCUGGACGGACUGGGAGUGCCAGGAGCAGUGCUACUGCAAUGGCUCGGACAACACGGUCUACUGCACCCUGGCCCCCUGUCGGGACGGCGAGUACUGCCAAGAGGGCCUUGACGGCCUCUACUUCUGCCAGCCACGCACCGAGGCACUCUGCGCCGCCGCCGGUUAUGGACACUUCCUGCCGUUCGGUGGGGUGCCGUUCGAGCUGCAGAGCAGCUGUACCUUGAGGCUGGCUACUACUGCGUGCAACGGCAGGGUGGCGCUGGAGGAGGACGGGGACCAGAGCACCGCCACCCAAACGGGGACAAGUACCAGUGACGCCUUCCCUGACUUCAAGCUGUCCGCACGGAACGAGGAGAGGGACACUGGGCAAGCCAUCUGGGUGAGGGGCUUUGUCUUGGAGGUCUACGGCUAUGAGAUUGAGGUGUCUCGGAGCUACAAGCACACCAUCACGGUGAAUAAGGAGCGUCUGUACCUGCCUCUAAAGCUGGGGCCAGGAAAGGUGAACAUCUUCACUUUGGGCAUGCAGCUGGUAGUGGAGACGGACUUUGGCCUGAAGGUGGCCUUCGACUGGAAUACCCUGCUCCUGCUCACGCUGCCCAGGCGCCUCUACAACUCCACCUGCGGCCUGUGCCAGGGCAUGCCACUCUCCUCUCCGCCCACUCUCGCGACCAGCGACUGGGGCAUGGCCUGGGCCGACAGGGACACCUUCUGCCAGGUGGGCUGCGGCGAUUCGUGCCCGCGCUGUGGACUGGUCGAGAGAGGACUCGGCGCCGUCAACACCCCCCUCCACGUCACAGACUCCGACGUGGACGGCGGGUUCCGAAACGAAGAUGAGGGAGGCAUCAAGGUCGAAGGCGGAGGCUACACGGGAAUCCGGUUUUACCUGGCUGACGGAUUGUAUGUGUUUGUGGAGCCCGAGGCAGUGCGUCUGUGCGGGCUGAUUGUGGACCGGGGCGGCGUGUUUGCGCGCUGUCACAGCAAGGUGGCGCCGGCGUUCUUCUACCAGAGCUGCCUGCAGGACACAUGCCUAGACCAAGGCGCCCCGGAGACCAUUUGCAACUGGCUGCAAAUCUACACCAGCACAUGCCAGACCCAGGGGGUGCGUGUGCUGGGUUGGAGGCGGGACACGCCCUGCGUGCUGACAUGCCCGGCCAACAGCCACUACUCCAGUUGCAUGUCAGUGUGCCAGCCGCAGUGUGCACCAGCCCGCGGCCAGAGGGAAUGCACCCAGGACUGUGUGGAGGGCUGCCAAUGUGAUCAGGGCUAUGUCCUCAAUGGCAAGAGCUGCAUCCUGCCUCAGAACUGUGGCUGCUACACCGACGGAAAGUACUAUGAGCCCAAACAGCUGUUUUGGAACAGCGACUGCACCAAACGUUGCCAGUGCAUCGGCCGCAACCUCAUCCAGUGUGACCCGCGUCGCUGCAUGGCGGAGGAGGAGUGCGCCCUGCGCCACGGGGUGCGUGGCUGCUUCGCCCGGCGCUCGCAGCACUGCGUAGCGUCUGGCGGCGGCGUCUUCCGGACAUUUGAUGGGGCAUCCCUGCGUCUGCCUGCCUCCUGCUCUUUUGUGCUGUCCACCAACUGCCACAAGCUGCCCGACCUCUCCUUCCAGCUUAUCGCCAACUUUGACAAGUGGAGUACACCUAACCUCACCACAAUCUCCCACGCGUACCUCUACAUCAAUGAGGAGAAUAUACUCAUCUCUGGGAGCACUGUAAAGGUGAAUGGCACGCCCGUGUCGGUGCCCUUCGUCACGGGCCUGAUGACACGCGUCUCCACGUCGGAGGGGUUUCUGGUCAUUGACACGCCGCAGGACAUCCAAGUACGCUACAACCGCUUCAAUACGCUCAGCAUCACUAUGGGCCAGCGGCUGCAAAAUAAGGUCUGUGGCCUUUGUGGCAACUUCAAUGGAGACCCCACAGAUGACUACAUCACCUCUCGUGGGAAGCCGGCCAUCAGCGCCCUGGAACUGGCCCAGAGCUGGAAGACCAACGGCAUGCAGAACAGCUGUGACGAGACCCAGUAUGUGGCGCUGGCCCAGUCCUGUGAGAACACAGCCGUGCUGGGCCUCCAGGGGGAGGAGGGCUGCCAGAAGCUCACCCAGAUGAAGGGCUUCUUCCAGCCGUGCCACGGCCUGUUGGACCCCAGGCCCUUCUACCAGUCCUGCUACCUGGACGGCUGCUACAAUCACCGCAAGGCCCAGGUGUGCGGCUCGCUGGCUGCCUACGCCGAGGCCUGCCGCUCACUGGGCACGCUCACCACCAAAUGGAUCGCCCAGGAGAACUGCUCAGAAUGGAUCUACGACCCCUGCGCAGGAGAGAUAUGCACCAACAACACGUGUGAGCAGGAGAACGGGGGGGACCUGUGUGGCUGUCCUGAGCUGCCCAACAACACUGGGGGUGAGGAUGACAUCAUCCAGGCGGAGGUGACGUGCAAGCACGCCCAAAUGGAAGUGUCCAUCUCCAAGUGUAAGCUCUUCCAGCUGGGCUUUGAGCGUGAGGAUGUGAGGAUCAACGACCAGCACUGCCCUGGUAUCGAGGGAGAGGACUUCAUCUCCUUUCACAUCAACAACACUAAGGGCCACUGUGGCUCGAUCGUACAGUCCAACAGCACACACAUCAUGUACAAGAACACUGUGUGGAUCGAGAGUGUAAACAACACGGGCAACAUCAUCACCAGGGACAAGACAAUUAACGUGGAGUUUUCCUGUGCCUAUGAGCUGGACCUGAAGAUUUCCCUGGAGACUGUGCUCAAGCCCAUGCUCAGUGUGAUCAACCUCACUCUCCCCACACAGGAGGGCAACUUCGUCACUAAGAUGGCCCUGUAUAAGAACUCGUCAUACCGCCAGCCGUACCGCGAGGGCGAGGUGGUGCUCAGCACGCGGGACGUCCUUUUUGUCGGGGUGUUUGUGGAGGGGGCGGACGAGAACCAGCUCAUCCUCAUCGUUAACAUGUGCUGGGCCACGCCGUCCCGCUAUAGCAGCGACAGGCUCCGCUACAUUAUCAUCGAGAAAGGUUGUCCCAACGUGAAGGACAACACCAUCGGCAUGGCGGAGAACGGAGUGUCCCUCACCUGCCGCUUCCACGUCACCGUCUUCAAGUUCAUCGGGGACUACGACGAGGUCCACCUCCACUGCGACGUGUCGCUGUGUGACCACGAGACCAGCGCCUGCAAAGUGAACUGUCCCCACAACAGGAGGAUGUACUCAGACUACAGCAAUAAUCACAAGGAGCAGAUCUUGACUGUUGGACCCAUCAGAAGGAGAGAGUCUGACUGGUGUGAGGUGGGGAAUGGAGGCUGUGAUCAGAUCUGUACCAGUAAAGGGAUGGGAGCUGUGUGUAGCUGUGUGACUGGGAUGCUGCAGAGAGAUGGCAAGACCUGUCGAGCUGUUAGCUCCAGCAUUGACCUACGACCUGCUCUUCUUUCUCUGGCCCUUAACAUCAUGGUGUUUGUGUUUGUGGCUCACACAGACACUUUCCUCUUCUCCUAACCCUGGGCGGACAGUGAGAGAGAGAUGAAACCGGUGAAAAGAGAAAAGGAAAACAGUAUAACACAAAUUAACAGCAAACAAUAGGAGAGCAGGCAGAUAAACGUCCUGCUCACUGCCACAGAGAUUGUCACAGCAACCAAUCACAAAGCCCAGAGACCCUUUUCGCCGGAUGCACUAAAUCAUCAGAACAACCGCUCACAAGACUGGGGCCCUGGUCCAGCUAUGAAACUACUGUUCCCCUUUUAACAGCCCUGCUAUGAAACUACUGUUCCCCUUUCAACAACCCAGCUAUGAAACUACUGUUCCCCUUUCAACAACCCAGCUAUGAAACUACUGUUCCCCUUUCAACUGCCCUGCUAUGAAGCUGUAUGACUGUCAGUAACAUACAGAUUUAUGCUCUGGUAGAUGUGUCUUGACAAAAAGGUUAGUCAAUGUCAUUGCUAUAUUAAGUGCCUACGUGAUGGCACAUGUGCCAUCCUCUAUCAGAAACCAAAAAAAACGAGUCAGAUAUUUUACAAAUUAUAUUCUCAGAAACGUUGUAUUCAAAUAUAAUGUAUAUUGUGAAAGUGACAUUUAUUUUAAAAAAUAAUAUUUUUGUUUAUUUUAUGCACACCAUACAGUUUUUGUGAAAACCAGUGUUGGUUCAUUUCUGUAGACCGAUGUCAAUAACUAAAGAAACCUGGGUCAUCUCUUCUACUUAGUCCAGUGGAUAAGAACCAAAAAUAUCCCAAGAUUGUUUAUUUAAUUUUAUGAUUGGCAUAUCAAACCUGUUUCAUUAAUACUUUAAUGUCUAGGGUUAGUGGAGGCAGUCUGUGAGGCUUGGAAGUCAACUAGGGUGCUAAAAUAGUCUCCAUUCUGAUUUCCUGUUGGAAGAAAAUAGGGCAAAAUCAUUUUGAACAAAAUCAAAACUACUUUGUAAUGUUACGUCCUGCCACCAAGCGAACCGCGCAGACAAUGUAAACAAUAAUGUAUUAUCUUUUGUCAGAUUUACUGUAACUACAUCAGGCAGAGCAGGGACACAAAGAUGUUUAUUUUUGCAAUAGAACAAAACCCAAAACUAAGCAAAGGUGAAACUUAAACUAAGAGGAACAACUAAAGAGUUUCAUGGCAGAGAUGUCUCCUUUUGAUCAAUGGACUCGGUGGCUGGUGAGGCAGGAGCGGUCCUGAGAUUCUUACCAGUCAAUGAGAUAUGGCGAGAAACACAAAAAUAAUUAUAUUGUUUGGAAAUAAUUUACCAAAUCAUUCUGAAUGGCUGCCGUUUCAUUAAAAUGGUCCUAUUUGACUCACAGGCUUCCCAUGCUGUUUAAUGUUCUUGAAUUAUUUUUAAAAAAUUCCUCUAAUGGGACUAACGGUUCUCAGCACGUGAAUGGAUAAUGUUGCUAUAUCAUGUCACAGAAAGAUGCUCAGCCUACCCCAAAUAGGUAGCAAUAACAUUUUCAGUAAAAAAUAAAUAAAUAGCAAUAACUGAAAUAUGUCAUAACAUUUUCAGUACCGAUGUUGUAUGUGAUGUUAUUAUAUUUUCCACUGGCAUUUCCAUUUUGAAUUUCCAUUUAAGAUGCUCAAAGGUGAAAGAC